UUACGGCAUAUAAAGAACGGGUUGCAAGCGCGUAUUGAUUUAGAUAACCUUGCUCCUCAGGAACCAUGAAGGCUAUCGUAGCAUUGACGCUCUUGGUGGUGGCGGCUCAGGCCAAGUCCGUGGCGGACUUGUCAGACCUGCCGUUCGUCCACAAGUACGUGACCCCGAACCCCCGCCACACCGCGGAGGAGUGGGAGGCCAUCUACGCCGCCGCCGAGGCCGACACUCCAGAGAACACCACUGGACUCGUGCUGGGGACAGUCCCGCAACCUGAGGAUGCCGGGAAGGUGUAUGUGGAGCACGGGGAGCGCAUCAUCGCCGGCACGGCCGCGACCCAAGGGCAGAUCCCCUGGCAGGCAAUGCUGAUCCUGGGAGGUACCGGCCUGUGCGGCGGUUCCCUCAUCUCCAGCGAGUGGGUGCUCACGGCCGCCCACUGCAUGGUCGGUGUGACCAGCUUCCAGAUCACGCUGGGUUCCACCAGCAGGACCACGGCGCAGUCUGGUGUCGUCUCGCAGAACGCGAGGCAGGCGCUCGUCCACGCCAACUACAACCCAGAACCCCCCACCAACGACAUCGGCGUGCUGAGGCUCGCUUCUCCCGUCACUUUCACCAACUUCAUCAACGCUGUGAGGCUUCCCCGCAACGCACAGGCCGCUACCACCUUCGCCGGAGCAGCGGCGAUCGUCAGCGGCUUCGGAAGAAUUAACGGCGCUAACAACUUGGUCUCAGCCAACCUGCUGUUCGCCGAAGUGCAGGUCAUUGCGAACACCGUGUGCGCCAGCACUUUCGGCGCCGCCAUUCAAGCCACCAACAUCUGCAGCAUCGGCACCAACGGAAGGAGCCCUUGCAACGGCGACAGCGGCGGGCCCCUGGUCGUGAGGGAGGCUGACGGGCUGUUCACUCUGGUGGGAGCCGUGUCUUUCGGCAUCCAGAACUGCCCGGCAAACUUCCCGGCGUCGUACGUGCGCACCAGCCGCUACCUCGCCUGGAUCUCGUCCGCCACCGGCAUCGCCAUCCGCGCCCCUUGCUCCUCAGGAACCAUGAAGGCUAUCGUAGCAUUGACGCUCUUCGUGGUGGCGGCUCAGGCCAAGUCCGUGGCGGACUUGUCAGACCUGCCGUUCGUCCACAAGUACGUGACCCCGAACCCCCGCCACACCGCGGAGGAGUGGGAGGCCAUCUACGCCGCUGCAGAGGCCAACACUCCAGAGAACACCACUGGACUAGUGGUGGGGACAGUCCCGCAACCUGAGGAUGCCGGGAAGGUGUAUGUGGAGCACGGGGAGCGCAUCAUCGCCGGCACGGCCGCGACCCAAGGGCAGAUCCCCUGGCAGGCGCUGCUGAUCCUGGGAGGAACCGGCCUGUGCGGUGGUUCCCUCAUCUCCAACGAGUGGGUGCUCACGGCCGCCCACUGCAUGGUCGGCGUGACCAGCUUCCAGAUCACGCUGGGCUCCACCAGCAGGACCACGGCGCAGUCUGGUGUCGUCUCGCAGAACGCGAGGCAGGCUCUCGUCCACGCCAACUACAACCCCAACACCAUCGCCAACGACAUCGGCGUGCUGAGGCUCAAUUCUCCCGUCUCUCUCACCAACUUCAUCAAUGUUGUGAGGCUUCCCCGCAACGCACAGGCCGCUACCACCUUCGCCGGAGCAGCUGCGAUCGUCAGCGGCUUCGGAAGAAUCAACGGCGCUAACAACUUGGUCUCAGCCAACCUGCUGUUCGCCAAUGUGCAGAUAAUCACGAACGCCGUGUGCGCCAGCACUUUCGGCACCUCGAUCCAAGCCACCAACAUCUGCAGCAUCGGCACCAACGGAAGGAGCCCUUGCAACGGCGACAGCGGCGGUCCCCUGGUCGUGAGGGAGGCUGACGGGCUGUUCACUCUGGUGGGAGCCGUGUCCUUCGGCAUCCAGAACUGCCCGGCCAACUCCCCGGCAUCGUACGUGCGCACCAGCCGCUACCUCGCCUGGAUCUCGUCCGCCACCGGCAUCGCCAUCCGCGCCAAAUCUGCGAACAGCUGGUCCGACCUGGAGUUUGUGCAUCGGUACGUGAACCCUAACCCUAGACACACAGCUGACGAAUGGAGCGCAAUCUUUGCUGCUGCAGAAAAACGAAUUGCAGAAGACAUCACAGGAUUGGUCAACGGAACUGUUCCUCAAAACGAGGAUGCCGGGAAGGUGUACGUGGAACACGAGGAGGAGCGCAUCAUCGCUGGUUCGCCCGCGACGCAAGGGCAGAUCCCCUGGCAGGCGCUGCUGAUCCUGGGAGGUACCGGCCUGUGCGGGGGUUCGCUCAUCUCCAACCAGAUCGUGCUGACGGCGGCCCACUGCGUGCAAGGCGUGGCGUCCUUCCAGAUCACCCUGGGCUCCACCAGCAGGCAGUUCGCGCAGGCGGGCACGGUGAGCCAGGCCACGAGGCUGGUGCUCGUGCACGCCGCCUACAACCCGAGGAUGCUGGCCAACGACAUCGCACUGCUGCGGCUGCCCGCGGGCGUCGCCUUCACCAAUUUCAUCAACGCAGUCCGGUUGCCUCGCUGGGCGCAAGCUUCUAACAGCUUCGCCGGCGCAGCCGCUCGGGUCAGCGGCUUCGGAAGAAUCAACAGCGCCAACAACGCCGUGUCUCCGAACCUGCUGUUCGCGGACGUGACGGUGGUUGCCAACGCAGUGUGCGCGCGCACCUUCGGCGCCCAGCUGCUGGCGUCCAACAUCUGCACGGCGGGCGCCAACGGGAGGAGUCCUUGCAACGGCGACAGCGGUGGUCCGCUGGUGAUCCAGGAGGCGGAUGGCCAGUUCACGGUGAUCGGCGUGGUGUCGUUCGGCGUGCAGAACUGCCUUGCUGGCUUCCCCGCCGCCUUCGUGCGAGUCACCAGCUACCUCAACUGGAUCUCCAGCAGCGCCGGCAUCGCCAUCCGACCGUGA